AUGGCAGAUUGUGGUGAGAUUCUUAAAAAAAUUAAACUAAGGCUUCACACUUGGGCUAGUAGACAUCUAUCUUAUGCAGGGCAGACUCAACUCAUCACAUAUGUUCUAUUGGGAUUGCGAAACUACUGGAUGAACAUCUUCUUGCUCCCUCAAAGCAUUGUCAAAGAGGUAGAUAAGCUUUGCUUGUGGUUUUUGUGGGGCAACAAUUGCACCAGGAGCAAUUUUCAUCUCACCCCCUGGUCCACUGUCUGUUUGCCGAAAAGAUUUAGAGGUUUGGGUUUCGGUGAAGGAGCUAAGUGGAACAAGGCAAUGCUUGCCAGGUAUGUCUGGGCUAUUAGUCACCAACCAGAGACCCUAUGGGUGAAAUGGAUUAACACUGUGUACUUAAAGGGUCAAAGUUUCUGGCUGUACCAACUUAAGGCAGAUUCAAGUUGGUAUUGGCGCAAAAUUUGUCACAUUCGUGAUGUUUUUUCUCAAAAGGAUAUUGAUGAAGCUGGUAGUCAAGGGAGAUUUAAAAUUGGUUUACUUUAUACGAGAUUUAUACUUCGAGAUCCAGUCAAGUAUCAUUCCUUUGUGUGGAAUAGGAUGAGUGUGCCAAAGCAUCGAUUUAUUACUUGGCAAGCGGUGAAUGAUAAGUUGUUAACUCGAGAUCACUUGCAUAGGGUGCUCAUGCAUCUUGAUAGCUUCCUCUGCCCGGUUUGUGAACUAGCUGAGGAAAACCAUGAACAUUUAUUUUUUGAUUGUUGUUUCUCUCAGCAAGUAGUGCAGCAAGUCCAAGAUUGGAUUGGAUGCAAUUGGCCUUUAAAAUUCAGUGGCUGGACCCGAUGGAUUGAAGACAUGAGAAGAGAUGUUAAGGCAGCGAUUGUGGCGGCUGUAUUCUCAGCAACAAUUUAUUACAUUUGGUAUAAUUGUAAUUCUUGUUUUGUUAAUAGUUACUCUCAUAGAGUCAAUUUUAUAGUAGAUAUGAUUAAAAAAGAUAUUAGCUAUAGAAUUAGGUGCUUUAUACAAAAGAAAAUGAAAGGAAAUGAGAGGAACUUUGUAAGGAAAAUAUUUUCUGUGUAA